GUAGCCAUACAGCAGUGAUUCUCUAUUAUAUAUAAUUAAUUCGUAUACAGUGUAAUAACCUUUAUUUGUAUUAUUAUUUUAGUGUUGAUAGAGCGGGAGGAUGAGGGGGCUGCUGUUGUGGGCGCUGUGUGUGUGGAGCUCGGUGAUGUGUUUACCUCAGACCGGGAGGAACCGGAGGCAGGGGCAGGAGCAGAUGAUGAUGACCGAUUUUGCGCUACUAGGGAGCGGAUACACACCGACCAGUGUGGGGGGCUGCGCUGACAACGGGCGCACCUACCGGGUCCAUGAGCAGUGGGAGCGCGCACAUUUGGGCGGCACUUUACUGUGCACGUGCGGCAGGUCAGGGGGCGUCACCUGCGAGACCAAACCCGCUGCCGAGGAGACGUGCCACGAUAAAAUCAACAUGAGGUCGUACCGCGUGGGCGAGACGUACGAACGGCCGAAGGACGGGAUGAUCUGGGACUGCACCUGCAUCGGCUCAGGGAGGGGCAAGAUCAGCUGCACCAUCGCGAAUCGCUGCCACGAGGGCGGACGCUCGUACCGGAUCGGAGAGACCUGGACCCGACCCCACGACACGGGCGACUACAUGCUGGAGUGCGUGUGUCUCGGGAACGGCAAGGGCGAGUGGACCUGCAAACCCAUCGCCGAGCGGUGCUACGAUACGUCUCUGGGCACGUCCUACGUGGUGGGGCAGACGUGGGAGAAACCCUACCAGGGCUGGAUGGUCGUGGACUGCACGUGCCUGGGCGAGGGAAACGGGCGCAUCACCUGCACCUCCAGAAAUCGCUGCAACGACCAGGACGCCAGGAAGGCCUACCGCAUCGGCGAGACCUGGACCAAGAGGGACGCGCAGGGCCACGCGCUGCAGUGCAUCUGUACCGGAAACGGGCGCGGCGAGUGGAAGUGCGAGAGGCACACGUCGGCGCACGCCGGCCUCGGUACUGGCACCAGCACGGCCUUGUCGACCCGGGUUAGGCCCGUCACUCAGCAGCUGAACGUCCUUCCCGAUCUGGUCGAGGAGGUGGGCGUGUGCCGGGCGGGAUCUGGCGCCUCCUAUCACACGGGCAUGAGCUGGGUACAGACGCAGGGCAGCCAGCAGAUGAUCUGCACCUGUAUUAAUGGAGGGAUCAGCUGUGAGGAGUGGGACGGUCAGUCUCACGUGUACGGCGGGAGCUCCAAGGGCCAGCCGUGCGUGUUCCCCUUCGUGUACGGCGGGAAAACUCACUACUCGUGCGUCUCCGAAGGCCGGACCGACGGUCAGCUGUGGUGCAGCACCACCUCCAACUACGACGACGACCGCCAGUACUCGUUCUGCACCCAGAGGAACCUGAUGGUGACGACCCGCGGCGGGAACUCGAACGGGGCGCUGUGCACGUUCCCCUUCCUGUACAACGGCCGGAACUACACGGACUGCACGGCCGACGGCCGACGCGACGGCAUGAAGUGGUGCGGCACCACCGCCGACUACGACGGGGAGCACCGCUACGGCUUCUGUCCCAUGGCGGCCCACGAGGAGGUCUGCACGGUGAACGACGUCAUUUACCGCCUGGGCGACCAGUGGGACAAGCGGCACGACACCCUGGGUCACAUGAUGCGCUGCACGUGCUCGGGUAACGGGCGUGGCGAGUGGAGCUGCGUGGCCUACUCGCAGCUCAGAGACCAGUGCAUCGUGGACGGACACACGUACGAGGUGAACCAGAGGUUCGACAAGCGCCACUCUGAGGGCUACAUGAUGAACUGCACGUGCUUGGGUCAGGGCCGCGGCCGCUGGAAGUGUGACGCCGUCGAUCAGUGCCAGGAACCCGAGAGCAAAGCCUUUUAUCAGAUCGGUGAGGCGUGGGAUAAGGUCAUCCAGAACGUCCGCUAUCGAUGCUCCUGCUAUGGUAACGGCAUCGGAGAGCUCUCCUGCGAGCCUCUGGGCUCCAGCGUUCCAGUCCGCGUGAUCAUCACGGAGUCCGGAAACCAGCCCGACACGCACCCCAUCCAGUGGAAUCCACCAUCAACAGCGCACAUCACUCAGUACAUCCUGAAGUGGAAAGUGAAAAACACCCGAACCCCGUGGAAAGAGAUCGUGGUUCCUGGACACGUCACCGUCUACACCAUUUCAGGACUCAAACAAGGUCUGACCUACGAGGGUCAGCUGAUCAGCAUCCUGCGCAGCGGUCGCAGAGAGGUGACCCGAUUCGAAUUCACCACCUCCGCCGGUUCUCUGAUAUCUACUGAAGGCGUGACCAGUCAGCCCGUCCCGGAGGUGGCCACCUCGGAAUCCGUCACCGAGAUCACGUCCAGCAGUUUCGUCAUCUCCUGGGUGUCUGCGUCCGACACCAUCUCUGGGUUCAGGGUGCGGUACGAACUCUCGGAGGACGGAGCCAAACCCAACACCAUCGAUCUCCCGCGCACACAAACAUCGGUGAACAUCGACAACCUGCUGCCAGGCAGAACGUACCAGGUUCAGGUUUAUGAGGUGGAGCCAGAGGGAGAUGCCAACCUCAUCCUGACCACCACUCAGACCACCGCUCCUGAUACUCCUACUGACCACAGAGUGUCUGAUGUUGGUGAAACGUCCAUCAUGAUCUCAUGGACCAAACCACGAGCACCGAUCACCGGUUACCGUGUGGUGUACACUCCCUCCGUUGAGGGCAGCAGCACUGAGCUGAUCCUACCUGAGAGCGAUACCUCGGUGAACCUGGUGGACCUCAGACCCGGCUUGGUGUAUAACGUCACCAUCUACGCCCUGAAGGAGAACCUGGAGAGUGAACCUGUGGUACUGCAGGUGAACACUGCAGGGGAGUCACAGCCAGAGGAGGUCCAGGCUCCGACCGAGCUGCAGUUCUACGAGGUCACCGACGUGAAGAUCACCAUCACCUGGACCGGGCCACCCAUGGAGGUCUCCGGCUACCGCGUGACCUUCGAACCCGUGAGCCGAGACGGUCGCCCACAGAGGGCGCUGCAGCUGCCCGUCACGCCCAACGCCUACGCGGAAAUCACCCACCUGCAGCCCGGUGCGCUGUACCGCUUCCACGUCUACGCCGUCCACGCAGGAGCCGAGAGCCAGCCGCUGGUGGGAGAGGGGUCCACCAAACCCGACGCUCCCACCAACCUGGGCUUCCCGGAUGUCACGGAGGACAGCGUACUGGUCGUGUGGUCCGCCCCGCAGGCCCGGAUCACGGGCUAUCGCCUCGUGGUCACUUCCGAGGACUCCGCGUCUCCUAGGACGGCCAGGAUCCGCCCCGGCGAGACCCAGUACAAGGUGGAGAGCCUGCAGCCGGACACGGAGUACACCGUCACGCUGCACUCGGAGCAGGGCGACACGCUCAGCGGGGCCGUGUCGGGGACCGUCACCACCACCGUGCCGUUCGGAAACGCUCCUCGCUUCACCACGGACGUCAGCGACACCUCCAUCAUCGUCUCCUGGACUCCUGUACCACGCUUCAGCUACCAGAUGUCGGUGAAGCCCAGCCAGGGCGGCGAGGCACCUCGGGUGGUCACCUCGGGUACGGGAAGCAUCUACAUCUCGGGCCUCACCCCCGGAGUGGAGUACGCGUACAGCCUGCAGCCCGUCUUCAACGGGCGCAAGCAGGGCGACCCCAUCGCCCGCAACGUCGUCACACCUCUGUCGCCACCGACCGAUCUCGAUCUGGUCUCCAACCCGGACUCGGGGGACCUGAGCGUGCGCUGGCGCGGCACCGCCACGCCCGACAUCACAGGGUACCGGGUGACGUGCACGCCCACUGCUGGCCAGCGAGGGAACUCUCUGGAGGAGUUCGUGAGAGGCGGGCAGACGCAGUGGACCCUGGAGAACCUGAGCCCCGGUGUGGAGUACAACGUCAGUGUCUACACCGUCAAGGAUCAGAUGGAGAGUGAACCCACCUCCUCCACCAUCACUCAGGACGUGCCGAGGGUGAGAGACCUCGGCUACCAUAACGUCACCGACACCACCAUCGCGAUCAAAUGGACGCGGCUGAGCCACGACGCCGUCACCGGGUACCGCAUCAGCGUGGUGGCCGCCGGGGAGAGUUUACCCAUACUGGAGGACUCGGUGGAUUCCACCACCACCGUUUAUACGGUCCGGGGGCUGGAGCCCGGCGUCGACUACCACAUCGGCGUCAUCGCGCUGACCGAGGAGGGGGAGAGCCAGCCGACCACCGUCACGCAGCAGACGCGAUCGGCCGUUCCUUCUCCCACCGACCUGAACUUCGGCGAGGUCGGCCCGGACUCCACGCGCGUCUCCUGGACCCGGCCGGCGGUCCGCCAGUCGGAGAUCAGCCGCUUCGUGAUUCGCUAUUACCCCAGCCACGACGGUAACGACCUGCAGGAGGUGAAUGUGGGCGGAGCCACCAGCACCGUCCUCCUCUCAAACCUGCUGCCCGUGACCGAGUACCUGGUGAGUGUGGUGACGGUGUACGAUGAGACCGAGAGCGCCCCGGUGACCGGCAGACAGACCACCGCCCUGGACUCUCCCACCGACCUGGACUUCUCAGACGUCUUCACCAACUCCUUCACCGCUCACUGGGUCGCCCCGCGCGCCUACAUCACCGGCUACAAGCUGGUGUACGAGGCUGCCGGCGGGGGGCGCCGCCAGGAGGAGCGCCUGCCGCCCAGCCGCACCCGCUACACGCUCGGCAACCUGCAGCCCGAUACAGUCUACACACUGCACAUCUACGCCGUCAACAACCGGCAGGAGAGCCAACCGCUCACCGGCACCCAGUCUACUAUUUCGGAUGCUCCCACUGAUCUGAAGGUGACUUCAUCCAGCCCGAAGAGCAUCACCAUCUCCUGGGACGCUCCCGCUAUUCCAGUACGCUACUACAGGAUCCAGCACGGAGAGACCGGAUCAAGAGUUGAUGACGAGGAGUUUAAAGUGCCUGGUUCAGACACAACAGCCACCAUCGACGGCCUGAGUCCGGGGACCGAGUACACCAUCACUGUAUAUGCGGUCACAGGCAGGGGAGACAGUCCAGCAUCCAGCACACCGACCAUCAUCACACACCGCACUGGCACCCAUGGUGCUCCAUCCCCUUCUGACCUAGAUGUGAGUGACCUUCAGGAUGGAGAGCUCGUAGUGCGUUGGAGUCCCGCUCAUGGCCCCAUCACUGGCUACAAGGUCUCAGGGGCCCCCAUUAGUGGCGUGGGGCCCACUUUCUCUGAGGUUGUAGGACCCGAUCGGACGGAGCUGAGAGUACCGGGGUUGAGGCCGACGGUGGAAUACACCAUCAGCGUCUACGCUAUCGGGCGUGACGGACAGACCACCCCGGUGGUGGAGAAGCACACCAAGGGCCACGGUCCUGUAACAGCGGACAGUCCCAAAGAGCUGACCUUCUCCGACGUGGACUCCACCUCCGUGCGCGUGUCCUGGCGCCCCCCGGCCGGCCGCGUGACCUCGUACCGCGUGCUGUACUCCGGCCCCGCGGAGGGCGAGCGCGAGCUGCUCCCGGCCCCGAGGGGGACCGACAACGACGCGCUGCUGCGGGACCUGAGACCCGGGACGCGGUACACGGUCCGAGUGCUGGCCACCACCGAUCGCGGCUCCACCGCGGUCAUGGAGGGGACUCACGCCACCGGUGUCCCCGCUCCCAGCCACAUCCAGUUCAGAGACGUGGGCCCGUCCACCUUCGUGGUGGUGUGGAGGGCGCCGGGAGUCCGGCUGAGCGGCUACCGCGUCCUCGUCACUCCCAAGAACAACGACGCGGCACCUAAGGAGUUGAACGUGGCGCCGGACUCCACGCAGGUCAUCGUCACUGGACUGCUGGUCGCCGCGCCGUACGAGGUCCGCGUGCACGCGCUGAAGGACUCGAUCAGCAGUCCGCCGCUCAUCGGGGAGGUCUCUACCGGCGAAGACGUCAGUCCACCCAAGCGGCCCCGUGUCACCGAGGUCAGGGACACCAGCGUCACCGUCACCUGGCGCACCAAGGACGAGCCGAUAACGGGCUUCCUCAUCGAGGCCACGCCCAGCUCCGGAGGCCACGCGCCCGUCAGGAAGGCCGUCCCGGCGGAGCACCGCGUAGCCACCGUCACAGGUCUGCAGCCGGGCGUCGUGUACGUCAUCAACAUGUACACGCUGAACGGAGAGAACCGCAGCCCACCCUUCACGCUCACCGCCACCACGGCUCGCUCAGCCCUCCAGUCGCCCACCGAUCUCCGGUUCACCUCGCUGACCCCCAGCUCCAUCGGCUUCGCCUGGCAGCCCCCCACGGCCCGCGUCACCGGGUACCACGUCACCUACGAGGAAGCCGGAGGCUCGCCGCGCGAGCUCACGCCACGCCCACACGCCGGCGCCAACUACGCCACCGUCACAGGUCUGAGACCGGCUACCGAGUACAUCGUCAAGAUCAUCGCUCUGCAGGACACGCUGAGGAGCCCACCGCUGGUGGGUAAAGCCAGGACCCAGGAAACGUCCUCGCUGCCUGUGCCGCCGCGCCGCGAAACCUACGACCGCCUAGACGUCCCCGAAACGGACGCAGACACCCACGGCGACACCGUGAACGUGGCCGGGCCGACGGUCAAGCCCGACCCGGACGCCGGAGGUCAGGGUAUGGAGUACACCGAAUACAACAACCUGCCUCACGGGGGGCGUCAGACGGGCCCCUACCUGGGCCAGACGCUGAUCUACGUGUCCGCUCCGGGCCCGGACGGGUCCCGGACGCCCGAGCUGGUGCGGGUGAGCGACAGGAACGCUCAAGGUUUCCUCUUUCCAGAGAAUAAGACGGGGACGGCUCAGGAGGCCCAGACUCAGACCACCGUCGCCUGGCAACCCUUCCAGCAAAGCAGUGCCUACCUGGUGUCCUGCCAUCCCAUCACACAGCGCCAAGAGAAGAUGUUCCAGAUGCGCCUCCCUGCCACCAGCACCAGCGCCACGCUGAUCGGCCUGACGUCCGGAGCCUCGUACCGCGUCCUGGUGGAGGCCCUGAAGGGGGUGCUCAAGCACAAGAUCCUCGACGAGGUCAUCACCGCCGGCAACACAGCUCCGGACGGCGUCCCGAGCGGCACCGCCGACGAUUCCUGCUACGACACGUUCACGGCCACCAGCCACCGCGUAGGAGGCGAAUGGGAGCGCAUGUCCGAGACCGGGUUCAAGCUCUGGUGCCGGUGCCUGGGCCUGGGCAGCGGACACUUCCGAUGCGACUCCUCCAGAUGGUGCCACGAUAACGGGAACAACUACCGUAUCGGCGAGAGGUGGGACCGACAGGCCGAGAACGGACACCUGAUGAGCUGCACCUGCCUGGGUAACGGCAAGGGAGAGUUCAAGUGUGAACCACACGAGUCCACGUGCUACGACGACGGGAAGACGUACCGGGUCGGAAACCAGUGGCAGAAGGAAUAUCUGGGAGCGAUCUGCACGUGUACGUGCUACGGCGGUCAGCAGGGCUGGCGCUGCGAGAACUGCAGGAAGCCCGGCGCCGAGAUCGCCAGUCACCUGCUCCGGCCGGUGCGGUACGGAGACGGUAGCAUCCGCAAAGUGAACAUCCAGUGCCCGAUCGAAUGCCUCCGUCCGGAACUCCUGGCCGACGCCGUGGCCAAUCCGAACCCCCGAGAGUAAAGAAACCUCCGUACCGAGACCGCACCGACCCCGUAGUGCCUCACAGCCGUGCGACCGGCCGCCGCCAUCACCGCUGCUGCUUAUCGGCCAAUCGAAGACGCAGACACGCCGCCAUCACCGCUUCUCGUUUUAACGAUUCCUUAUCGGCCGUCGUGCCGUUCAGGCUCCCGAUUGGCUGUUAUUAUUUUUUUGUUUCGUUUUAUCUUAUUUUUCAAGGGUACUGAAUAAUAAUAAAAAUAUUCCACCUCAUCAGUGUUACCAAAAAUCCUCAUUAAUUAUCAACGAAUACGUCUGGUGUUGUAAUUGUAUUAAGAAUGACCAAAACAAUCAAGCACUGAAUGUUAAGAAUGUUCUAGACUACGUCGUUUUUAUUCGUUCUUCCUCUCGACUCACGUUCGCUUCACGCUGCACCGUUUUUCUUUAAAAUUGGACCUUAAUUUUGCUCAUUUGCUUAAAACUUUUGUAAUCUUUGGUUCACUUUUGUAACGCAAAUUAAGAAUGUAAUUGCACUGUAGGUGCAAAAACUCACUACUGUUAAAUUCCCAUUUUUAAUAAAGUUUACAAAUGAA